GUUGCAUAACAGAUAUGUACUAAUAUAUUGCUGUUCCAAAUGUGUUAAUUAAUCUAAGAUAUAGAUUUUGAAAAAAGAUAACCAAUCAAAACAUUCUCUGCGUUUAUAAAUACAAAAGACAACUUCACAAAGCGUGAGCUUUCUAAUCUCAUCAAAGCCUACCAACAAAAUGUCUUUUUCUUUGAACAGAAGCAUGUAUGAUGAAACUCUGGGUAAACUACAAAGCACUUCAGCCUUUUUGCCUAAUAACACAGAUUUUGUUAACUGGACAUCAAAUGUUGAAUUCUAUGUCGCUGACUAUCAGCUUCCGAAGGCUUUAUUAGCAAGUGUUUUGGCGUCGUACGUGAUACUUUUUAUCCUCUCGUGUCUAGGGAAUGGAGUCGUUUGUUUGGCCAUUGGUUUCCGCUACCUGAAACCCACAGUAACGAAUUUUUUCAUGUGUAGUCUUGCUGCAAGUGAUGUUCUAGUUACAGUAUUAAGUGUUCCGUUCACAGUUUUGAGUAAUUUAGUUUUCAUGUACUGGCCCUUUGGACCUUUUCUGUGUCCAGUCAUUUCCCUACUGCAGCUGAUGGUCAAUAUGCUUCGAGCUCUGACAUUGGUUGCCAUGACGUGCGAUAGAUAUUUUGUGAUAACCAAACCUUUCAGUCAACGCCUUACAUUAAAACAGGCGAAACUUGUGAUCGCUGGUAUUUGGUCUUUUUCUUUAGUAUUUUCUCUUCCUGUGGCAAUAUUUUCUAAAAUCAUUUAUUUACCCUACGAACCUGGAUCAAAAGGACUCUGUUUUGAGGUUUGGACCAAUGAAUCUUUACGCCGUGUCUAUGGAAUCACCAUCAUGUUAAUACAGUACUUUAUUCCUCUUCUCUUGAUGUUCUUGACGUUUUCGCACAUCGCUGUGAUAGUAUGGACAAAGAGGGCUCCCGGGGAGGCGAACAAGAAAAGAGACGAGAGGCGAGGACGAUCCAAAAAGAGAAUGCUGCAGAUGUUGAUUAUAAUUGUGUUGAACUACUUCUUAUCCUGGCUGCCUUACCACGUGAUCAGCAUUGUAGGCGAUGUCCACCCCUCUAUUUACGAUUCCAAGUCCAUGCACAUCCUCUGGGCCCUGUCUCAUCUCCUCUCUAUCAGCAACAGCGCCACAAACGCCGGCAUCUACUACUGGAGAAACAGAAACUACAGAUUAGCCUUUAAGAAUCUCUGGAAAACUUGUAUUCAGUGCAGACGUACGUUUGGAAAAGACACCAAUAGAUAUAACAACGUGUCCUUGAUGCUUUCCCAACCAAUUUCUAGGCGUUCGUCGAGUAUUUUAAAAUUUUCACGGCAUUCGCCGGCAAAUAUGACACUUUAG